UGCACAAAUACUACUAGUUGACCGGGCUCCUAUUAAUACCUUCGUCUUCCUCCCGCUGCUUCUCCUCCUUUUCAUAUCCAUACCUCUCUUCCAGUCUCCAACUGCUGGUAGCUAGAUCGGUCGGCCGGCAGCUGCUAGCGAUCGAGCUCAUAUCGAUCCGCCGAUCGGCUUCUUCUGCGGCGGAGAGCGGCGAUGAAUUCCUUGAGCAUGGUGGAGGCGAGGCUGCCGCCGGGGUUCAGGUUCCACCCGCGGGACGACGAGCUCGUGCUCGACUACCUCGCAAGGAAGCUCGUCGGCGGCGGAGGAGCGGCGGCGCCCACCAUCUACGGCUGCCCCACCAUGGUCGACGUCGAUCUCAACAAAGUUGAACCCUGGGAUCUCCCUGAAAUCGCAUGUAUUGGUGGCAAAGAGUGGUACUUUUACAGCUUAAGGGACAGGAAGUAUGCCACUGGUCAGAGAACAAAUAGAGCAACUGAAUCAGGCUACUGGAAGGCCACUGGGAAAGACCGUCCAAUAAGCCGAAAAGGGCUGUUAGUCGGCAUGCGAAAAACCCUUGUAUUUUAUCAAGGUAGAGCCCCUAAGGGGAAGAAGACUGAGUGGGUCAUGCAUGAAUUCCGCAAGGAAGGGCAGGGCGAUCCGAUGAAGUUGCCAUUCAAGGAGGACUGGGUCUUGUGUAGGGUUUUCUACAAGAGUAGGGCAACCAUUGCCAAGCCACCCACAGGGAACAACUACAACAUUGGCAGUGCAGCCGCAACCUCACUGCCUCCCCUCAUUGACAACUACAUCGCCUUUGACCAUUCUGGAAUGUCAGUACAAAACCUAGAGGGUUAUGAGCAAGUGCCCUGCUUCUCCAAUAAUCCCUCUCACCCAUUGUCAUCGACGUCGAUGUCGAUGAAUAUUCCGGUGACGGCAGGGGCGCCCACGGCUGAUCAGGAGCAGCAGCACGUGGGGAAAGCGAUCAAGGACGUGCUGAGCCAGUUCACCAGGUUUGAUCAGGGCAACGUGAAGAGGGAGGCGCCUCCCCAGGGUGGCUUGUUUGCUCAGGAUGGGUUUGAGUACUUAGCUGAGAGUGGCUUUUCACAGAUGUGGAACUCACUCAAUUGAUUUUCUAGCUAGCGAUAUUAUUGAUGCCAAUCAAGGAUGGAUAUAACUCUUACAAGAAGAUCUAGACUUGGGUAUGUGUGCCUAUGUGCUAUUCCGCGCAUGUAGUUGUGGUAUAUAUAUAGUGCCAUUCUAGUUUACAUUAAUUGUUUGUCAAAAAGUAAAGAAGGAAGAUGUAUGUCAUCGAUGAUGUAAAUGUAUAUAUGCAUUUAUUCGUGUAUGACUAUGGAUAAGAUGGAAAGAUUUGUUAGUGCUCUGGUGCUGGAUUCCACAUA